GUAAAUUUGUGUUUCUCUCAUCUUCUUCGAUAUGAUUCUCCAGAAAACGAUGCAAACACCAUCUCUUCAUCUCUGCAAAAGCUUCACUUUUUCUUAUUCUCCACUCUCAUGUCACAACCACAAUCUAUGCUUUGGAUUUCAAAAUGCUCUUCUUGUUCCUUCAAUCUGCAAUCUCCGGCGAAGAAACAACGCCGGCGGGAGAAAAAUCGUGGCGCAGGGCUCAAGACCAAACGACGGAAAUAACCGUCCGGCGGGAAACAAAGGGAAAGUGACUAUGAAAGGUAACAAAGAGAAUACAUGGAGCGUAGAUAACGAAAUAGCGGAGAAGGAUAAGCGUAAGGUGAAGCCAAAGGGAAGAAGAAGAGGGAAGAGAUUAGGUGGAGGAGGAAGGAAGGGUAAACAUGGUAGGGUUUUGGUUUCGGGGACGAUGUUGAUCGAAUCUGAGACUGUUCUUCAAACCCAGGAACCUGUGAUUAAGCCAGUGUGGAGGACGUUUGCGAGUAGUGUAAGUGGGAUUUGGAAAGGUGUAGGAGCUGUGUUUUCUCCAAUUACUGCAGAGAUGGAACCUAUUGAAAUUGGGAAGAAGAAUGAGAGUCUUUAUGAUUGUUAUACUCUUACUAAGAUUGAAGCGUCGCCGUCUUCUUCUGGAGGAGCUUCUUCUACAGAGUCUGAGAUACAGAGGAAGAUCAAUUGGGUAACUUUGAAUCCUCAUGGAGAAUUUUUUCAGGUUGGUGAGAGUAAAGAGGAGAUACUGGUUGAUCACACUGGUGUAGAUAGCCGUUUGCCUAAGUUUGAGUCUUUUAACUUAAAAGCUAGUGAUGUUAUGGAAGAGGAUUCUAUGGUAGACAAGCCUGGCCUCGUUUACUUUGAGGAUGGAUCUUAUUCCAGAGGUCCAGUUACAAUCCCUGUUGGGGAGAUGAGUGAAUCGAACUAUUACCUCACACCAACUUUCAAGUUUGAGCAGUGUUUGGUGAAGGGUUGUCAUAAGAGACUGAGAGUAGUCCACACAAUAGAAUUCGCCAAUGGUGGCGCAGAUAUACAGAUAAUGAGAGUUGGUGUUUAUGAGGAACAGUGGGUUAGUCCUUCAAAUUAUGAAGAACAAAGUGACAACGACGCACCAUUGGAGUUAAAACCAUUCUCACAGAGGAAACGUAUACAACCAUCAGAACUGACAGGAUCAUGGAAAGUAUUUGAAGUAAGUGCAACUCCUCUCUAUGGAGAUGAAGCCGAAUUCGAGCAGCCAGGUGAAAGCACUCCAGUUGUGUACUUGUGCACAGAAGCCCUGAAGAGAAGGAAUUUACCGGAAACAUAUGUGUCAUUUGGAGAGGAAGAGAUGAUAGAUAUGCAAGAUGUGUCCGUGAUGUGGCUCCCAGGUGGUGUGACGGCUUACGUGGAUGUGAAGAAAGAUGGAGUGUUGUGCGUUGGAGUUGGAUGGUAUUCAGAUGAAGGGAUCAAUCUUGUGAUGGAGAGAGACUAUGAUUUGGAUGGGAAUCUCAAAGAAGUUAGAUCCAAAUCCGAAAUGAAGAGACGAUGGACAGAAGAACCUAAGUAAAAAAUCCUCUGUUUCAGACUGAUGUUUGCUUACUCAUUAGUACAUAAAGUAAUCUCAAGUGAGAAGUUUGGUCGAAUAAAGAAGUAGUGAAUUUGAUUA